UUCACUUGUUUUUGUUCUUUCUUAACAUUAACAUACGAAAGCAACGACCGCUAUUUUUAUGGUGCCCAUGCUUUUCACCGGGCAGCCAAACAUACCUUUCUUUCUUUAUCCAGCGUUGAACACUUAGCUACCACCGAAGAUCCAGCACUAAGAGGAUAUAUUUUUUUAAAUCUUUUACCAAUGGAUAGAGGAUUUGGAGGCUCUUUUCGUGGAGGAUUUAGUGGAAAUCGUAAUUUGUCAGAUCGAAGAUACGAUGAUUUUUACAGCGAUAAUAACAGACGUGGGGGUGGAGGAGGUAGAAAUAAUGUGAACAGGAAUCGCGGAAAUAACAACGCUGGCGAUUGGGGAGGAUCAAACCGUGAUCGAGGUUUCUUCAAUCAAGGUGGCCAAGGAGGUGCUGCUCGUAAUCGUGGUGCAGGAAGUAAUGUUAAUGGUCAAAUGUUAGCUGCGCUUCAGCAGCAACAAAGUUUGCUGUCAGCUUUUAUGUCUACACAAUCAAGUGGUCUUUUGCCAUCACCGAAUGCAAACAGCUCAUAUCAGCAACAAGGUGGUUAUAAAUUUGGUGGUAGAUUUGGUGGAAGACCUGGAGAUAAAAGAAAAUACGAUACUGGCCAUCCCUCUGGAUUUAACAAACGAAAAAGACCUCAAAAUCAAAAACGAGAUUCCUUUUCUAAGCAAGGAAGAAAGGAAGAGCCAGCGAAGAAAGGAAAAGAAGAUCCCAAAGAAGAGGAGAUUGACAUUCCUGACGAUGAAGUUGAUAUACCAGAUUCUUUAAUGGAUUCAGUUGAGAAGCUUCGCCAAAGAAAAGACUUUGAACGUAAUGUUGCUGAUGAAGAUGUCCAAAAACUUCUAGUGUUUUCUUUUACUGGCAAAGGAUACCACUGUGUAACCUGUGGUCUUCUUCUCAUGAAAGAAACAGCAUUUAUACACCACUUAAUGGGAAAAAGCCAUGUGAUGAAUGUUAUUGAUACGCGUACUGCGAAAAAGUAUCAAGAAACUCGUGACAUCCUUGAUAUCGACCUCUCUCCGGAUGACUGGUAUGAAAAAAAUGAAAAAGCCCGUGCAAUUAUUCUCAAGCAAGCAAAAAUGUUUAUGAAAACACAAAUGGAAAUCCAGAAACGGGAACAAGAAAACUACAAUAAAAAUCCGUCUAACUUUUUCACUAUUAAAAUGGAAAGCAAAAAAGCUGCUAUGAAAUCUGGUAACGUGGUCACUAUUAAAUCUCUUGUAGAGUCUACUAUUGAAGUUAAAGAGUUUAAUGACAACAAAUUCUUUGGAUGCGAGUUUGUGAAGGCAGUAUCAAGUUUCAACUGUCGUUUAUGUGGACUUCACAUUAAGGAGGCUUCUGGUGUCAUUCCACAUAUUGAUAGUCGUCUGCAUAGAAACAAUUACCAGAACCACCUGAAGAAAAAUAAAGAUUAUGAGAAGACUCAGAAGCAACAAAACUUGGAGUUGUUUGAAACUUUAGAAGAGCAUGGAGAUAAAUAUGUAUUGCUAUCAGAAAGUGAUAAUGCAGGAGAAGGAACAUUCUUGUCCUCAUUUGAAGAACAACUGGUUAGGGUGCCAAAAUUGUUGCAGCCUGCACCUGUGGAACAAAGUGAAAACCCUGAGAACGAAAAAGUUGCACAAGAUGAAAAAAUCGAUGUAGAGAAAGAAGAAAGUGCCACUGAAGAACCGGCUAAGGAAGAAAGUGCUGACAAGGAUGAAGAAACCCAACAAACAGAAGUGAAAGAUGAAAUAAAAGAUGAAGAAAUUGAUAACAAUGUUGCAGAUAAAGGCAACACAGAAGAUGAAGAACCGAGCAAAGCUACAGACGAGGUACAUGAAGAAGCUGUGGAAGUUUCCCCGGAAGCUGAAUCUACAAGUGAACAAACAGAUAGCGAACCAAAACCCAAAUCCAUCUUAAAGAAAACAACUCCUGGUAAAACUCGCGGCGGAGGAGCAAAGCGUGGCGGCCGUGGUAAAGGUAGAGGAACACCUUCACCUCGUCCUCGUAGUCGCCGAGCAAAAGAAGAUGCAGUAGAAGCUACCCCUGAAGCGUCAAGUGAUGGACACUUCAUGGAUGGAUUUCAAGUAGUGGACGAAGUUGAUGACGAGUAGCGUGUAUGUGUGAUGUUUUCAAAUUCACAAAUCUCAAACAAACAAUUCAAUUUUACACAUUUGCCAACGAAUUUAAUGUGAAAAGUUAUGUUAAAAGCGGUUGUAGUAUGCUCUUACAUGUAUCUAACGAAUGCGACUAAAAAUUAACCUUGAACAUAUGUUCGUCCGUGCUCCUGA